AUGGCCAAGCAGCAAACGCAGGCUGCAGAGCCCAACCCUCCUCUUCCUCAGGAAGGCUGCCCUGGGAUCUAUGGCCAGUCACUGGAGAUCAAGCUCAGGUCUCCCAAGGACAUCAGCCAGCUCCAGGUGGGACAGAAGCUGGAGCUGGAGUGUCACACUGACGGGAACCAUGGGGCAUCCUGGAUCCGCCAGGACAGCAGUGGGAGCCUUCACUUCAUUGUCUUCAUCAGCUCCAUGUCUCGGGCCACGUUUCAAGGGGGUCAGAAAACAUCCACUCGCUUUGAGGCGAGCAAAGACAGCUCGAUCCAUCGGCUGGCAGUGAAAUCUUUCACACCACAGGACCAGGGGAGCUAUUUCUGCGUGAUGAAUCUCAACCAAAUGCUGCACUUCAGCCCUGGCCAGCGUGCCUUCCUCCCAGUCACCACUACAGUGGCACCCAGCACUCCAGGACCCAUCACCCAGAGGGGCACCACUGAGGAGCCCAACCUCACAAUUGCAGAUCCAGAGGGAAGAAUACGGGGAGAUCUGAAUUUCUUCUGCCACAUCUUCAUCUGGGGGCCCUUGGCAGGUGCCUGCCUCCUGCUCUUCAUUGCCCUGGUGAUCACCAUCGUGCUGUGCCAACAAACCAGAAGACGAAGAUGCAGGUGUAAGAGACCUGCAAACGGGAAGCCCCCCACGAAACCCAGGACACCAAAGUAGCACAGAUCAGCAUCUGCUCCUCCUGGCUGCUGGAUCUUCUCCUGGGAGCUGUCAGCACAGAAAUCCAUCUCCUACCUUAUCCACAAGGCCAUAGCACCUCAGUCACUCUGCCCUGGCAGGCUUGAGGAGAUGACAGGGAGCACAGACACACAGACAAGGAGCAGGAGUUCCUGUGAGCUGCAGGGUGAGCACAGCUCCUUCCAGACCCUGAGCUUCCCUGGGCAAUGCCAGGGGUCAAGCACAGCUCCUUCCAAACCCUGAGCUCCUCCAGGCAAUGCCAGGGGUCAAGCACAGCUCCUUCCAAACCCUGAGCUCCUCCAGGCAAUGCCAGGGGUCACGCACAGCUCCUUCCAAACCCUGAGCUCCUCCAGGCAAUGCCAGGGGUCAAGCACAGCUCCUCCCAAACCCUGAGCUCCUCCAGGCAAUGCCAGGGGUCAAGCACAGCUCCUUCCAAACCCUGAGCUUCCCUGGGCAAUGCCAGGGGUCAAGCACAGCUCCUCCCAAACCCUGAGCUCCUCCAGGCAAUGCCAGGGGUCAAGCACAGCUCCUCCCAAACCCUGAGCUCCUCCAGGCAAUGCCAGGGGUCAAGCACAGCUCCUUCCAGACCCUGAGCUCCUCCAGGCAAUGCCAGGGGCCAAAAGCCACCUCUGCUCCCAAGGGCAGGGCUCAGGCACUAGAGCCAGGCCAAUCCUGGUGCUGACACACCUCAGUGAGAAGCUGGUGAGAAAUAAGGGCAUGAGCUGGACCUUUGCUCAAGGCUCUGUGUGAUUUCCUCCCAAAAUGCAGCCAGAGGUGGCAUUUGCUACACAAAGCCUUAGAAAUAAUUAUCCUCACUCAACACAUCUUCUGGUUGUGGUGCCUCUCUCCUAGGGCUUUUGUUGUUUCAGGUAAUGGGACACAAGACUGCUUUGAGAAGCUAAAUAUGGAUUCAUUGCCUUACUUUUGAGGUUUUUACAGUCCUGGGGGCUAAGGUUCACUGCUCCCCUCACACUUGUUCUGCUGCUACCCCUGAUUCUCCUAUUUCUGCAGGAGUUUGGCCUAAGUAAGGAAAGUGGGAUUUGCUUUCUUUCUGAGGGAAAUGCCUGAGUGAUUAAAAAAAAUUGUUUUGGUUAAGCAGGAUGUUUAACAUGUUGAUAUUUUGGGGACAUGUUAUGGACUACUGUAAGUUCUGUUUUUUCAGAUCUGUAUUUCAUGUAAAUAUUUCCUUAGUAUGCUUGCAAUUUAAGA